AUGGACAGAGGCACAGGAGUUUUAUCAGAUAUGCUGUCUUCCAGGUCCUAUUUGGACCUGUCACAGGAGCAGCCUCACAUGCAAAGACCCAAAUUGAACCCACUCGAGGAAGUGAACCCCGAGGCCCAUGAGCCAGACCGUCGCGUGAAAUCCCGAGACAAGCGCAUACCCUCUAAAGCACCGGGCACCUCCGAACAAGUCUCCGAGAGCAAGAGCUCGGUGACUCCGGAUCGUCCCGCCCGCAAAAGAGGCCGGCCGAAAUUGGAAACUGUCAAAGAUGCCGCAGCUAUUGAGGAACGACGCCUCCAAAUUCGGCGUGCACAACGCACGUACCGAUCUAAGAAAGAGGCCACGAUCCAGACCCUUAGAUCUCGCGUUAAUUCGCUGGAGCAAACGCUAGCAAGUGUAUCAGAUCUGCUCGGCGCACAUGAAACUACCGGCGGCAAUUCAUCCAAUGUCGACUAUCUGGCACGCACGCGAGAACUCAUUCUUGCAGAACUAGCAAAUACUACUACUGCUGCUGCCGACCAUAGCCCCCAGACACAGCAUGCCGAUCACAUUGAUGUAUUGGGCUAUCGAGUCUCGCCGCCAUCAAGGACAUUGAGAAAUACUUCAAAGAGCCGCACUUUAUCACGCACCCGCCCGAGAUCCCCAUCCCCACUAAUCAACCGCAUCCUCCCCACAUCUACAAUCUACACAUACAGCUACCAAGAGUCCAACAUGUGCCGCCGCCUCCACAGAUUCACUCUCGAGCACACCUAUCGCUGGCUCACAGACUCAAACACCACACCAGCGCAACUCAGCCGAGUCUUCGGACUAGUACCUUGCAUCCACGACAUGCCUGGCAUUAUAAGGAGUUUCCGACGUACUUUGCAAUCUGAAAUUGGCAGUACACUAGAGUUCGUCAAGAUGCCGUACUACACUCUCGGCGGAGCGGGGACGCACUACCCACGAGUGCGGAACGGAAGCCCUGUGCUACCGGAAAAUACGCGGAGGCCCGGGAAGAUCUUAAGGCGGAUGCAGAGGAUUCUAGAUCGCGGUGGAAUUCAUGAUUGGGACGAAGAUUGGAGUGGGGACUGGGAUCCUGUUGGGCUCGAGAUGGAUGACCAGGAGAGGAUUCGCUCGUUGGAUCUCGACGGUGAGUGGUUCGAUUGUCAUGAUGUACAGGGGUAUCUGGAGUACAGAGGCGUUACGCUUGACGGGGCGCUUAGAUUGAGGGUUCCGGAGACGUUAGUUGGCGUUUUGAGCGGGGUCUCGCCUUUGUCGAGUGUGUCUAGUCUUUAUGGUUCGCCGAUGGUGACCCCCAAUCCAGUGGAGUCAUGGGAUGUUUAUACUCUUGAUGUCGAGUGUUUCUUUGAUCUGCUACUCCCCAAUAUGCGCAUCCUUGGUCGUGCCCCAGGCUUCCGGGUAGGCGAUGUCGAUGCUGCACUACGGGGAGCUAUCUCUCGUCGGUCCUUUGCCUAG